AUGGAGCUGCACAUCCUAGAGCACCGGGUGCGGGUGCUGAGCCUCGCCCGCCCAGGUCUCUGGCUCUACACCCACCCGCUCAUCAAGCUACUCUUCCUACCCCGACGCAGCCGGUGCAAGUUCUUCAGCCUGACGGAGACCCCCGAGGAUUACACGCUCAUGGUGGACGAGGAGGGCUUCAAAGAACUACCCCCAUCUGAGUUCCUUCAAGUGGCUGAGGCCACAUGGCUGGUGCUGAACGUGUCAUCCCACAGUGGUGCAGCAGUGCAGGCUGCUGGGGUCACCAAAAUCGCGCGCUCAGUCAUUGCACCACUGGCCGAGCACCAUGUGUCUGUGCUGAUGCUGUCUACUUACCAGACGGACUUCAUCCUGGUGCGGGAACAGGACCUGUCUGUGGUGAUCCACACACUAUCCCAGGAGUUCAACAUUUACCGAGAAGUGGGCGGGGAGCCUGUGCCUGUUGCCAGGGAUGAUUCCAGCAAUGGCUUUCCCCGUUCUCAGCAUGGACCCAGCCCCACUGUGCAUCCCAUCCAGAGCCCACAGAACCGCUUCUGUGUCCUUACGCUGGACCCUGAGACACUGCCAGCCAUUGCUACCACCCUCAUCGAUGUUCUCUUCUACUCAUACAGUGCCCCCAAGGAGGCAGCCUCUGGUGGUCCUGGACCCAGCUCUAUUACAUUCUUUGCCUUCUCCCUCAUCGAGGGCUACAUCUCCAUCGUCAUGGAUGCUGAGACGCAGAAAAAGUUCCCCAGUGACCUCCUGCUGACCAGCUCCUCGGGGGAGCUGUGGAGGAUGGUGCGCAUCGGUGGACAGCCCCUGGGCUUUGAUGAGUGUGGAAUCGUGGCUCAGAUCGCAGGCCCCCUGGCUGCAGCCGACAUCUCUGCCUACUACAUCAGCACCUUCAACUUUGACCAUGCCCUGGUGCCUGAGGAUGGCAUCGGCAGCGCCAUUGAGGUCCUCCAACGACGGCAGGACGGCCAGGGCUCCUGA